AUGCCCCGCCCCGGACACCCCCGCCCAUCAUCCGGGCCCCCACGCUUGGGACCUUGGGAGCGGCCCACAGAACUAUGCCUGGAGACCUACGAUGAGCCACCCCGGGCCCCACCGAGCCGCCGCACCCGCAGACCAGACCCCAAGGACCCCGGGCACCACGGGCCCGAGAGCCUUACGUUUAUCUCUGGCUCUGCCGAGCAGGCUCCCGAGGCCCCUGCCUGCUGCCUGCUCUGGCGACCGUGGGUAUGGGACUGGUGCCGGGCGGCCUUCUGCUUCCGCCGCUGCCGGGACUGCCUCCAGCGCUGCGGGGCCUGUGCACGGGGCUGCAGCCCCUGCUUGUCCUCAGGGGACUCCCCUGAAGGGGCUGCCGAAGCCAACUGGGUCAAGGAGCACAACGGCGUGCCCCCCAGCCCUGACCGUGCACCUCCCAGCCGGCGGGAUGGCCAGCGGCUCAAGUCGGCCAUGGGGAGCAGCUUCAGCUACCCCGACGUCAAGCUCAAAGGCAUCCCGGUGUACCCCUACCGCAGCACCACCUCCCCCGCCCCCGACGCGGACUCCUGCUGCAAGGAGCCACUGGCUGACCCCCCGCCCAUGCGGCACAGCCUGCCCAGCACCCUCGCCAGCAGUCCCCGGGGCUCUGAGGAGUACUACUCCUUCCACGAGUCGGACCUGGACCUGCCUGAGAUAGGCAGUGGCUCCAUGUCCAGCCGAGAGAUCGACGUGCUCAUCUUCAAGAAGCUGACAGAGCUGUUCAGCGUACACCAGAUCGACGAGCUGGCCAAGUGCACCUCAGACACUGUGUUCCUGGAGAAGACCAGUAAGAUCUCGGACCUUAUCAGCAGCAUCACCCAGGACUACCACCUGGAUGAGCAGGACGCUGAGGGCCGCCUGGUGCGCGGCAUCAUUCGCAUCAGUACCCGCAAGAGCCGCGCCCGCCCACAGACGGCAGAGGGGCGCUCAAGCCGGGCGGCUGCCCCAGCUGCGGCUCCCCCAGACAGCGGCCACGAGACCAUGGUGACCUCAGGGCUCAGCCAGGAUGAACUCACGGUGCAGAUCUCCCAGGAGACGACCGCAGAUGCCAUUGCCAGGAAGCUGAGACCCUAUGGAGCCCCAGGAUACCCUGCCAGCCACGACUCAUCCUUCCAGGGCACCGACACAGACUCUUCAGGGGCACCCCUGCUCCAGGUGUACUGCUAA